AUGGAUUUGCAGACAACCAACUCGCUGGUUAAAUGCCGAGCCUUCCAGACGAUCUUGGGUGAUAUUCCCCAAGCCUGGUUCAGGAGCCUUCCGCCUCGCAGCAUCAGCAGUUGGGAGGAAUGCCAACAGAGAUUCCUCAAUCAAUACAGGGCCUUAAGAAGGCAGCUCGCACCACCAUGUCACCUCACUAUAGUGUUCCAGAAAGCAAACGAGCCCUUGAGGGAUUAUAUUGCCAGAUUUAGAUGCGAGGUGAGCAACGUCAAGGAUCCCUCCGAUGGAAGUAUCUUGAUGGCGAUCUUCACCGGCCUUCGAAAAGAUGGGAAGCUCUAUGAGAGCAUUUACAGGACCCCGGUUAAAGAUUUGGGGGAAUUCUGUGAACGAGCUUCCAAGGAGAUCCGAUGGGAAGACGCCUUUGGGUCAAAGAAACCCAUCAGGCCGAAAGAAGAAGCUGGGGGCUCCAACUAG